GCUGCAACAACUUUCUGUCCACGACAGACGUUGCACCACCUACCUCCCUGCGAUUGAGUUGGGCACCCGCCUUGGGACCUUUCGGAUCGACGUGGAUUACGCGAAAGCCAAUGCGGAAAAUUUCUUCUGUCGACUUCGUCACCAACCCCGAGACGAACCCUGCUGCCUACGGUGUACCCCUCCCCCUACCGAUCCCUUGACCACUGCCGGGUCCAGAGGCACUUCCAUCCGAUCUCCCGAGAGGGUCGAACUAACCCGCUGGGUAAAAUCUCAAUAUGGCCACCUGGGCUUACCCACCCUUACCCCAAGAGCGCCUGGAACAGGAAGUCGACUCCGCGUUGGCGAACGAGCUAGAAUGGCUUUUGCGUUCCCUGCAAGACUCCCUUGCCUCCUUGAGGGAGGGCCUCCAUGAAUGCGAGGCCCUGUUGGCUCCCAAGGAGCCGGGAUCAACACUGGUGCUCUCGUCUCUACGGUCCGAAAAUGUCAAAGGCUACGUGACUCGGGUUGGGACGAAGAUCGUGAAAGGCGAUAUCCAGCUCCGCCUUAGCUCCCUUGCCUCGCGGGGCUCAGCUACCACCCGCUUGUGCCUGUCUAAUGCCCCCGCAACACCCGAGCUCGUUCUAAGCCAAUUAGUAACGGUAAAGAACCUGGUCAAUCAAAGUCUCGAUAUUGUGGAUGUUAGCACUUGGACUGGAGAUCCACUCAAUGCCAGUUUUAUCUUCAGUCAACUGCACCUUCUGCGUGAGACUAUCAGCGAAGCACGGCAGAUGCUGAAGGGUGAAAAUGACAAGGUCCGAGGCAAGUGGUGGGAGACGAGUGCACAAGAGGAGAUGUUCGACCCUCCAUUACCACCGUACCUGUCCUUCCAUCUCUCCAUUGCCGACUCGGCACUGGUUUUACAUCUUAGGACGCUAGAAUCCAACACACCCACCCAUACGCCAACCGCGUUCGCAGCAGAUAUUUCUCUUACCGGGUUCAACCUGCGGGAUCGGCUAUUUGGGACUCGCCAUCGCCCUCAUGACGAGGCUGGUGAUGUGUUUACAUGGAAAGGGGACGAAGUAAAGGUAAAAGAAAAGAUCCGCGUAGAGAGUCAGGACCCUAGCCUCAUGGCCGUGAUGGCCAAACUAAGCGCUCUCGAGCACGAAGUGAUGAAGUGGAUAUCGGCUUUGAAGGUGCUCAUGGGCAAUGAAGAUACAGAUAGCGAAUCUCAGUAGGACCCCCAUACUGUAAAUAACAACUCUACAAUAUGCUCCCGCUACUCCCCCACACUCUGAUAUCUAGUUG